CGUCGGUCGCAUAAAAUACAAGAACCAGCAAAACACUGUACUGUAACAUCAAAAACCUCUGUAGCGCAGGUCCGCGACGUUUCCGUUGAACGGAUAAAAUUCUAGCUACAGUGAGUGUUGUGAAAAAUAUACGUUGUUUAACGUCGUCUACGUUAAGUGUAUAACAUGAUUAUUACAAAAUAUCAACGAAUCAUUGUUGCUAUUGACCAGAACAGCAGCAAAUACACGAAUCAGUUAUAUUGAACAAUAUUACUGAAAUCCAUCGUCGGAGAACUGAUAUGUGCGCGAGAAGCGUCGAAGGACAGCAUCAUUGAACAGAAAAACGUAUUGAGGGAAUAUAACGCAUACGACAAAUGUCGAAUCGUAAUGAACUGCGCAACGACAUAGGUGUGGCGCGUAAAAGAGAGAGCGUACAUGCACGUAUACGUAGGCAUACGUGCGGUAGGUGCUCUCUUGGAAUGAAGGCAACCAAGAAUUGGAUUAACUUUCCCCAGUUACGUUUACGUUUAAGAAAUCAAUCGAUUCUUUUAGCGCGGUGUCAACUAUAAUUUCCGACUUCUGCCGAAUCAAUUCGUUUCCGCGCUGAGACUAUUACCGAGUUAUUGAUAUCUGAGAUCAAGAUAAAUCUUAUACUGAAUCAGUGAAGUAAAUAUCUGUUGGUGUCGUGUGUGGGUACGUGUGGGUACGUGUGGGUACGUGUGCGUGAGCGUACUCGUGCCCGUGCCUGCGCCUAUGCGUCUCCGUUCGCCAAGUUGUGGUGAUCUUCGCAGAGGUGGCGGCGGCGGUGGUGGAAAUAGUGAAGGUGGUGACGGCAGUGGCGGCAGUGAAGGAGACGGUGGAGGUGGUGGCGGUGGUGGCGGCGGCGGUGGCGGCGACGGCGGCGGUGGUGGCCGCGACAACGUUUGGAGGGAGAGAUUUCGUACAUCGUGACUGAGUGAGUGAGUGAGUGAGUUGGUGCGUGUGCGUGCUACCGCGCGUAUACGCUCUCUCUCAUUCUCGAGAUCGUGCGCGCGUGUGUGGUAUAUGAAUGUGUGUAUAUGCAUAUAUACAUACAUAUAUAUAUAUGUACAUAUAUAUUGUCGCGCGCGCGCAUUAACGGAAUUCACGAUCAGACACGCAGGGACUCUCAACAAAUGUUUAAAUGGACGCAUCGUCCAUUAUCACCCAAGUGUCACGGGAUGACGAGCUAGGCCAGUUUAAUAAUGGGAAAGCUCAGUUACCACAAGAGAAUGAAGUGGCCAACACAGGUCCAACCAGUGGCAAAAAGCCAAGAGGGCGUGGACUUCUUCGAUCUCUACUUUGUUGUCUUGGUAGAGGACGUGGAAGUAGUUCAAAAAGUUCAAAAACAAGCUCAUUACAAGGUGAUGGACACGGUUCUCCAUCCCUAAGGACUGGAUCCCCAAGGUUCCUUCUCCCACCUGUCAGACAUCAGGAUAUGCACAAGAAGUGCAUGGUGAUUGAUUUGGAUGAAACACUAGUACAUAGCUCUUUCAAACCAAUCAACAAUGCCGAUUUUGUUGUUCCUGUAGAGAUUGAUGGGACAGUACAUCAAGUAUAUGUUUUAAAGAGGCCUUAUGUGGAUGAAUUCUUACAGAGAAUGGGUGAACUGUACGAGUGUGUAUUGUUCACAGCAAGUUUGGCUAAGUAUGCUGAUCCAGUAGCAGAUUUGCUUGACAGAUGGGGAGUGUUUAGAGCAAGACUGUUUAGAGAAUCUUGUGUUUAUCACAGAGGAAACUAUGUUAAAGAUUUAAAUAAACUAGGGCGGGAUUUGCAGCAAAUCAUUAUUGUUGAUAAUAGUCCUGCCAGUUACAUUUUCCAUCCAGAUAAUGCAGUACCAGUGGCAUCAUGGUUUGAUGAUAUGACAGAUUCAGAACUAUUAGAUUUAAUUCCAUUUUUUGAAAAACUCAGUAAUGUGGAGAAUAUUUAUACAGUCUUGUGCAAUAGUAAUCAUCCUUAUAAUCAAGUACCUCCAGCUGUACAGAAUAGUCCAAGCCCAGGAUCAGGUUCACUUGGUGCUUCCUAGCCCUACCUAUAUUCUGGCCAAAUAGCCAGUAUUAUCAUCGCUCAAUGCACUCUGAGAAGAAUUUUGAUUGGAAUAUUCCACAUUGCUUGCUUGUUAUGUAGCAGUGGACAACCAGGUAUGACCCACUAAGUACUGGGUGUAAUAUAAACAUACUUAUUGAGGAAUUAUCCAAAAAAGAAGGUGAAAACUGUAAAUCCUUCUUAUACGUAACACAUAACAUGAACCACAACUGCUUUAUUGUUGGCUUCAGUUCUUUUUCCUAAAAAAUAAUAGUAUGAUAUAACUGCUCACAGUAUAUCAGAUACAAUGAACUGAUUGUAUUUAUCUAAUUAUUAAGGUGUUCGAUAAAAAAUUUAAAUAUAGCUCAAUUGGUUAUAACAAGUAACUCUUCCAAUCACAUUGACAUGGAAUAGAUUUCAGAUAUACUGAUUACAUAAUGAAUUAAUGUCCGUGUUCCCGUGUUUGAUGUACUUGAGAAAAGAAGCAAAUUACAAUGAUAACUAUGAAUGUGAAAAGUAAACAUGCAUUUGAUAUCAAAUAAACACAUAUAUUUCAACUUAUACGUGAUUUAAAUUCAUGUAAAAUACAUACAAAAUGACUUGCAUAAGAGAAUAAAUCAAAGUGUAGUAUUAAGUAAUACUGAAAGAAAAAAAUAGAGUCUUUUGAUGGGCCAUAUAAUAUUUCUCUGUAUAUUAUUUCUUAUUUCUUGUAGUUUUUCAUUACUUUUAACAAUGCCAUGUGUAAAAUAUUAAUGAGUUCUUCUUGUAUAAUCAUAAAUAUUGAGCAAAAAAAUAAUUAAUUUUCAUAUAAAUUUUAUGAGGCUGAUAAUUCCAAAUAGUUACAAAGGAUAGUUCAGUGGGAAAUUUUCUUACUCUUUCUAAUUAGGAUUUAUUAAGAAUGUGUCUGAUUUUGCUUGAUCAAAUAUAUUUUUUAUGAACAAACAGAAAAGAUUGAGAUAUAAAUCUGAGAUUUAAGGAAACGUUGGAGAUGUAAAAAAUAUAUAAUUGGAUUGAGUAAAAAUUACAGAGAAAAAAAAUCAUGUUUUUUUGCUAUCAUUUUCAUGUCUUUAACUUUAUUCUAAAAAAUAAUGAAAAAAGAAAAGGAAGGAUGCGAAUUGUAAAAGCUAGAAAAAUCAAUGUGUGUUUGAAAUAUUAGGUCAAUGCAUAUCAUUCUUUCCCUCCAGGCAAUUAUAUGUACAAUGAAGCAUUACAAUAAUCAUUACAUCAUUAACUCUUGGUCAACGCAUACUCCGCUGACUUAUAAUAUACCGGCAAAAAAUUAAAAAAUUAUGCAACUCAUAAAGAUUGAAUAAGUAAAUAAAUGUAUAGUUAAAUAUGUAAAUAUAUUUACUACAGAUAGUUCUCAAUUUUGUACGCUUAAUUCGUGCGUAAGAAAUGUACAGUUAGCAUUAUACUUUCAGAUUCAAUCAAAUUAUCGUUAUUCAUGCUCUUUUAUUUUAAUCGUAUUGUUGUUAAUAUAUUUGUCAUUAUAAAUAAUAGUAAAUCAAAUUUUAUUAUACUAUCGCGAUUAUUAACUUAGUUUCAAAUACCGUACGUUAUUGAGAAUAUUAUAUAUUGUUCAUAUUAUUGAAUUUUUAGAAAAAGAGUUUCAUAAUUUUUAUUUAUAAGAUUCAUACGUUAUUCACGCCUUAACGUUCAUCCUAUUAUAGUAUCAAUGUAUUUUACAUAACAUAACAUAAAAUCUGGUAAUCAAAGUAUAGUCUUUCUUCCGAAUUAAAAAUUUUUUUUUUUAUUUUAAAAUAAAAUAUUAUAUUUUAUUAAAACAAAUUUUAUAAAAUUUAGAAUAAAUCAUUGUUAUUUAAUAAAGUUUAACGAUAUUAUAUAUUUAUAGUUUUGAAAUAAUUUUUUAAAUUUUAGUCUUUAUAAUACUUACUAUUACCUAAUAUGUAUUAUGUUGUUAUUUAUCAUUGAAAAAAAAGUAAGCCGUAAAUAUUGUACGUUUCUAUUUCAUAAAAAAAGGGCUAGGGUAUAUGUAGAUAAGAUUAUUAUGUAAUAAUAAGUCUUAUACAUAUUGCAUAAUAUUAAAUGGCUUCCAACUAUUUUAUUAGUUUUUUGUUACAUGUUGUGAAUGUCUUUUAAAUGGAUCAAUAUCAUUAACAUCUAGAUCAUACUUUUAAACCAGCUGAUAUAACAAUGACGUAACUUACUAAAAAUCUGAAUAGACAAAAACUGAGAAUUAAUUUUCGUAGUAAUAAUAUUUUUAUGUAAAGAUAGAAUAUUUGAUCCAAAAUACGCAAAAUCACUUCUCAACAUUGUGUAUAAAUAUUGAAUGUUUAUAUCUAGACCUUAAAUUGUUAGUAUCGUAGUAUCGUUUGUGUUUAGUAUUACUUGUAUUUAAGAAAAAACAGCAUGCCACCGAACAUUUGUACUUAUUGCUAGUAAACGUAUCUUGCCAUCUAUGUUUGACUAAACUCGAAAUUCUUAGGAUAUUUGAGUUGUCAGUUUUUAAAAUAGAGAGAUUACGUAAUAACCAUAUCUUUACAUUAAUUUUCAUUUAUUACAUUUUAUGCUUCUCAUAAACACGUCGAAUUCGUUAAAAAAGAAAAACAAAAAUCGAAAAUUAAUGAUCAUUAACUCCUAAAAAUUCUCAAACACAGGAAAAGAAGAACUUGCAUAAAUAAUAAUAUUCACGAUAUAUUGUAACAAAAUGUGUCAGUAAUGUCAGAAAGUGUAGUCGUUUUCAUUCAUAUAAUGCCCAUUGAAAUGACUCUACUAAUUAUGGUGCGCCUUUUCGGAAAAUACGUACAGAAAACACGGAGACAUUUCCUUUACAAAGGAAAUUUUAUAUAUACUAAACUGAACCGACACACGUCAGGUUUUUAUCCACAACAUCUUUUAUAAUGCUCCCAUGUGUUGUCUGAAAGCAGUCGUAAAUUUAAGAUGCGAUGUACGGGCGAUUACAAUGCGAUAUAUAUAUAUAUGUAUAUAUAUAUAUAUAUACACAUACACAGUCAUGUGGCAAAAUCCUAAGAAGCAGAAAUUACGUCUAAAUUUUAUGUCUCCUACCUUUUUUUUAUUUUUUUUAUUAUUUAUUAUUAUAAUUAUUUUUUUCCUUUAAUCACAGCAACGUAUCUAUUGAUUUUUGUGAUAACAAGAUUCGAGUAUGAAAAAUAUCAUUGUAAUGUAAAGGUUCAUCGGUUUGAUGAAAGACCAGGGAAUACGUGAAAGAAGGAAGUUAAUGUUACAUCCGACGAAGCCCACGUUCCUUAUCGGAUCUAACAUUAAACAUACGAAAUAUCAUACGUUAAACAUCUUUAAGCAUCCGUCAUGUCGUGCUUCCGUGAUUAAUUAAUAUUAACAAUCCAGUGUAUUGCUUUUAUUGAAUGCAAAUCUGUUGGACGCCCUAGAUGAGUAUUUCGCAAUAUAAUAUACGUGCGUUUCUUUUGUCGUGUUUCAAUCUUUCCAAGCAUUCUGUUUUGUUUUCUUUUUUUUUUUAAUUAUUAUUAUCAUUAUUAUAACUAUUAUGGAGUUGUAACAUGAUUGUAGAGACACUGUAAAACAUUAAGGAUGAUGAUUUUCGUCUGUUGUCAAUUGAGUGAAAGAGAAAGAGAAAAAAAGAGCGUGAGAGAGAGAAAGAGGAGACAGAGUACAUUUAGAUUUAUUACAAAAAAAAAAAAAAAAGAAAAAAGUGCACUGAGAAAAUUAUUAGUGCAAAGGCGCAGCGAAAACGAUCGUGAUACGUAAUUAGAUAUGUAUUAUAUAUAUAUAUAUACAUACAUAUAUAUAUAAUAUAUAUAUAUAUAAAUAUAUAAAUAUUUAGGUAGACCAAUUAAUUUUUAAUACGCGAUACUUUUGUACAGUAGAGCAACAGAGUUUUCGAAUUCAUAGCUCUUUGCCGUUGUAAUCCGACAUAUACGUAUAUAUAUGUAACAUAUAUACAUACAUAUAUGAAAGUACAAGAGCUGUUGCUCUUAUUUGUAAACAAGGAGUGUACAAGUGAUAUAUUUUCUAUUAAAUUCAAUUGUACGUCAUCACUCGCCAAGCUAUAUACAUGUAUUGAAUUUUUGAAAAUCCGCCUAUACCUAUAUACCGAUAGUUUUAUUAAAAUUAAUCACGAAUCCAUUUACGCUUUUACGUACGUGAUGUUCAUUAUUACGAAGCAUAAGUUUACUCGUUAGCGAUCUAUGAUGGAAGAGAAACGAUGGAAUUUUAAAAAAGAGAAGCGAAUUUUGUAUCGUUAUUUCAUUGUACGUUUAUUAUUGAAUUAAUUCCGAAUGAUUGUUACCAGCUAGAUUCGCUUCGAAGUACAGCGACUAUUUUGGUAACAAUAUGGCCGUGUUGCAAUAUAGCAAUAAUGAACCGCUAAUAUUUUUCUCAGUGCCGAAAAAACAUUGUUACUUCGCAGCAGCUUUGCUGUAGUAUGAAAGAAACAAAAAUAUAUAAGCAGCAGCUUUGCUGUAGUAUGAAAGAAGCAAAAAUAUAUAACAAGAUAUACUUUUGAAAGUGAGACGAAAGAAAAUAUUGUGUGUGUGUGUGUAUGUGUUGUGUAUGCUCGCGUGCAUGCGCGUAUACGCCAGAAUUAAUACAGGCAUGAAAGUGUAGUUAACAAAAAUUUUAAAAAUAAAAUAAAAAUAAAUGAGAGGAAGAAGAAAAGUAACGGGAAUGAAAAACCGUUCGCCGAGGUGACGAACGCGAAAUCGAAAUUUUUUAUAUGUAACCAAUUCAAAUGAAAACGAACGGUGAAGGGAAAAAGAAGGAGGCAAAAUAAAAACAAACACUCGAAAUUCCAAUCGUGUUGCUCUGCUACACCCUGGACGAUUAAUAAAUUAUUGUAUUAUUCUUAUUAUUAUAUAUACACUGUACAAAAAAAAAAAAGAAAGAAAGAAAAAAGAGGAAAAUGAAAUAAUUCGUCACAAACGGAAUGAAAUUACACACUAGGACUCACAGUAUCUCGGUGUGAAUGUGAUCGCGUGACGUAAACAAAACGGGGGAAAAAAAGAAGAGCUAAAACAGAAUGAGAGACGCGAGUAUGUAUGUAUAAAAACAAAACAAACAUAAUUAACGAUAUUGCCUUGAUUUGUAAAUAAAAUUUAAUUACUUCCACUAA